AUGGACCUAGCGCUACCCAAUGACGUACUGCUCUUGAUAGGGGAGGAGGUGAAACAGAAAGCAGACCGCUGGAACCUCAUCUUUGUCUCUCAUCACUUUCACGAUCUUUUCCUUCCGUUGGUAUACCGAAAGGUGUCAAUCCACAAUUGGCAAAACGCCAACUCAUUCCUGCAUGUGAUAUUGGAAAGACCUGCGCUGGCGCAGGCAGUUCGAGAGCUAGACUUAGCAAACUGGCAAGCGAAGAGCGCGUCGGACGAUGACUGCAACCAGAUUCAGAGUUCGGAGCCUUUGAGGACAUGGCUGGAUGUUGUAUCCUGCUCAGCACCCGAAACUGAUCAGUGGGCCAAGGGCCUCGGACAAGGCCUUGUUGACGCCUGGGCAGCGAUCAUCUUACCACUGUUGGCUCAGCUCAGAAAGCUUUCACUGGCCUAUACAACAGACUUCCCACAUUUGGACCGGAUCAUGCAAAGAGCGGUGCAUUCCGAAAAACCAUUUUUCGCCCAACCAGCCUUCCGACAUCUACGCAAGGUCUCACUACAUCACCGGAAAGAUCUCGAUCGCAGCGAGCACCUGGAAAACGCGGGAAAUGAGAUUCAAUUAUCAUCAACACUCCUGCUGAGAUUUUUCCAACUGCCCUCUGUUCGUGCAAUCACCGCCAAUUCUGUGGUGGAUCCUAGCAUCAUUACUUCAUCCUCCGAGGAACGAAUAGAUGACGAGAAGCCUCGUCUCAACUUCUCUUCAAUCACCGACAUCGACUUGCGCACAAGUAGCGGGAACCAAGGGAUGAAGAUGUUGGUUAGUGCGUGUGCAGAUUUGAAGUCGUUUAAAUAUCAACACUCAGACUCACAUAUCCUGUCUGAUGGCUACCAACCAUCUGCUUUUUAUCGCUCUUUGAUUCACAGCAAAAAGAGUCUGCAAACACUGUGGCUGGACCACUAUGGCAGCCAUCACCCCUUCACCGCUGCCGGGUUGAAUCAAAACCAUGACGAGUGGUUCGGCUCGCUUGUUGAUUUCACUGCCUUGCAAGAAGUGCGUGUGAGACUGACAAAUCUCUUGGAUAUUCGGUACCAGAAUGAACCAACCACGCCUCUUAUUGAAUGUCUCCCAUCAUCAAUUGAGACCCUUUACAUUGAAGGGUGUGAGGAGCGGUAUCUUGGGAUGUUGGUUUCCCAAUUACAGAGCGUCAUUAAAAAUCGUCAGACUCGUUUCCCUAGACUUAAACUUGUCGAUAUCGAGGGCGCAUUCCACAACAUCCCGUCCGAUGACGAUGAUCAGGUUGCCACCUCCGGACUAGACGUACUUGACGCUGUGAUCAAGGACAAAGUGUACCAGGCCGCUGAGCCUUUGCAUAUAGACUGUGUUAAUGCUGGGCUAGAGUUGCGUUUCCACGACCGUGAUCUGCCGCAUAUUUGA